AUGUUCGUCCAUGAUUCUUCUUGGAUAACUUCUUGUGGCAUUCUUUGGCGUGGCAGUCCUGAAGAACUUCUGGAUUCUAUCUUCGCAGAUGAUCUUUCGGUGUUGCCGUUCGAUGUUCCCGGUUUGUUGUCGCCGUGGACGACCUCUUUUUACGACAUUCUUCUUAGACCUCUUUUUGAAAUUCAGACAUUCUUCUUAGACCUCUUUUUUUUUAGUGACAUUCUUCUUAGACCUCUUUUUUUGCCGACAUUCUUCUUAGACCUCUUUUAUGACUUUCUUCUUAGACCUCUUUUUACCUCUUUUUAUGACUUUCUUCUUAGACCUCUUUUUUUGACAUUCUUCUUAGACCUCUUUUUUUAUGACUUUCUUCUUAGACCUCUUUUUUAUGACAUUCUUCUUAGACCUCUUUUUAUGACUUUCUUCUUAGACCUCUUUUUUAUGACAUUCUUCUUAGACUCUUUUUGUGACAUUCUUCUUAGACCUCUUUUUAUGACUUUCUUCUUAACCUCUUUUUAUGACAUUCUUCUUCAGACCUCUUUUUUUCUUGACUUUCUUCUUAGACCUCUUUUUAAAACAUUCUUCUUAGACCUCUUUUUAUGA